AUGCAUAAGUUGCACCCCAGCCUCAAUAUCCUUUUCAACUUCAGCCUGAGUCAGAAAGUCACGAACAAUGUUGUUUUGUUAGAGCCCCUUUUGGUUGGCAUAGAAGGUUCUCUCAAAUCCAGCACAUACAACCUUUUAUUCUGUAAUUCCUGUGGGGCUCCUGUUGGUUUCCAUUUAUAUUCUACCCAUACUGCUCUCGCUGCCUUGAGAGGCCAUUUCUGCCUUUCUUGUGAUAAAAUGCUGUGUUAUCUGUUAAAAACAAAGGCCAUAGUAAACACAUCAGAGAUGGGUAUUCCCAAUGUACCUUUACCAGAAAAGAUUGCAGAGCAGAAAGAGAAGAUAAUGGUAGUGCACACUUGUUUCAACUCACUGACGAAGAUUCUGAAGGGAAAACUCCUCAUCAGUCUAACCAAGAAAACUGAACAAGCAAGGAAACAGCACAAUCUUGGGCUUCACAGAAUGAUCAAAGAUCUUGCAACAUGUGACUCUAUUACUUUAAAUUUAUUUUAG